GAAGCAUCAUUACAAUUAUUUGAAGUACGUCAACGUAAACUUACCAUUACAAUGGGUGUUUCCUGCGUGUUUACACUGAUCUUCUACGUACUACCAUUGUGCUUCAAAUUGUUGGUGGAAGAUAAUGAUAACGAUCCAACAACCCGCUAUUCCGAAUUUGUCCGUAUAAUGGUAGCAAUCAGCUGCAAUGUGAAUCCUUUAACAAAUGUAGUUGCAGUUAUGAUAAAGCAAGAUGAUAUUGCAUAUCGCGUAAAAGAAUUAUUACCGAAAUGCAUCCAUAAAAACCUUUGUUGUCAUAAAACGAUUACUCCUAUCACGACUGCAAGUAUUCGAGUCACUGCUCCAAGAAGGAACUGA